GCGACGCACAGUGGGGCCGCUACCCUCAAACUGUACCGAUAUUUCAAUAAAAUAAAGUGAUUACAGAGUACCCUUAUUAUAUCACUUAUUAAGAUAACUAACCGAGGUAUCAAUCGACAGUAUUGAAACGUCUCAUUACGAACUUAGUUUGUUAUAAAAGAGAAGUAAACAUCCGUAUAUUGUCGAUAAGAUAUUUAGCGCUCGUAAUUUACGUGCAAUUAAGUGCGAUUUCUCACUAAAUUGAAUUAUUUUUGGUGUUAUUUAGACAUGGAACCUUCAUCCUCAGGAACGUCUAAUAAAUUGUUAUUUAUUACAAGAAAAGAACUUAUAAGCAUAAUGAAUAGUUCUGGGGAGAAUAGUUUAGAACAACGAUACAUGCAUUUAAUUAAAGAGCUUGAAAAACGAAUUGGUUGUGACUUCGAGUAUAUGAAAAAGAAAUUGAGUGCUUUCAAGUCUCAAUACAAAUCAAGAUGGGCAAAAGCGAGUAGAACUGAAAACAAAUUUAGUAUUAAUAACAAAGAAUGGCUUGAGACAUCAAUUUCUUUUCCACGCACUAAGUCCACACUUAAACGCGGCCGACCCGUUACCUCUUUUGAGAAUUCUUCGGAUAACAGCAAACGUGCUAAAACCAAGCAGUUGCGUGAAUCAAUGACAUCCAAAGAAUUAGUUUAUGCUGCUUGUAUGAGUUUAAGAUCUGAAGGUCAAGUGCAAGCUUCAAAAGUUAUUAAAGAUAUUUCUAAACAUCCAGAACAAGCCAAGGCUUAUAAAGAAGCUUAUCAGAAAUCCUUGAAGCCGCAAGAGUUAGUGUCAGCUGAAGAUGCUUUAUCUGAUAUGAUAGAAGCAAAGCUUUCCCGUGAGGCGUACAAUGUGAUUCGACGAAGAGCUCCGGAAAAAUUCCCUUCAUAUAAAUUAGUUCAGGCUGCUAAAAAGCUAUGUUACCCUCAUGACAUUACCGUAACUGAAACUAGUGCUUCUGUCAAGCUACAAUCUCUUUUAGAUCACACUUCUAUGCGAUUAUGUCAAACAUUGAUUCCUGUCAUCAAUACCCUGAAUGACGACCUCGACCGGUGCAAUGAAAUAUGUCUAGUAUCUAAAUGGGGAUUUGACGGGUCUUCCGGUCAUAGCUCUUAUAAGCAAGCAUUUCAAGACUCUGCAGCUACCGAUUCAGCUGUAUUUAUUACAUGUCUGGUACCGCUAAGAUUGGUAGCUAAUGAUAUCGUCAUAUGGCAAAACCCAAGUCCUGCGUCAACAAGAUAUUGUAGGCCAAUAAAAAUUGAAUUUCAGAAGGAAUCUGUUGAUGUGUCUAUUCAAGAAAACCGUGAAAUAGAAAACCAAAUAUCAAAUCUUCGUGAAAGUACUGUAAAUAUUGAGAACAAAACAUUAAAAAUUCGUUACGAAUUAAUUUUAUCUAUGGUGGACGGGAAGGUGUGUAAUGCCCUGACAGAAACCACAUCAACCAUGAAAUGCUUUUUAUGCGGUGCAACAUCAAAACUUUUCAAUAACAUAGAUGAAAUGGUUAAAAGGGAUGUGAAUACCGAUAAUUUGAGAUUUGGUCUUUCUAUUUUGCACGGUUGGAUUCGAUGCUUCGAAUGUCUACUACAUUUAGCAUACAAGCUGCCCAUAGCAAGAUGGCAAGCUCGUGGGAAGGACGACAAGCAAAUCGUUUCAGAAAAUAAAACUCGCAUACAAACAGAGUUUAGAAAAAAGUGUGGCCUUAUUGUAGACAAACCCAAACCUGGUUUUGGAAAUAGCAACGAUGGCAAUACAGCCAGGCGUUUUUUUCAAAAUCCAGAGCUAUCCGCAGAAAUUACUCAUAUAGACAUUGACUUAAUUAAAAAGAUGCACAUAAUUUUGAUCACUAUAUCAAGUGGAUUUGACAUAGAUAGUGAAAAGUACAGGUUGUUUGCGCUUAAUACUGCCAGAUAUUUCGUAUCUUUAUACCCAUGGUACAACAUGCCACCUACCUUACAUAAGUAUUUAAUUCAUGGGCCAGAAAUAAUAUCAUUUGCGACAUUGCCCAUAGGACAAUUGACAGAAGAGUCACAGGAGGCAAGAAAUAAGGACUUUAAGCGCUAUAGGGAGCACCAUUCUAGGAAAUGUAGUAGGCAGCAAUCGAACAGGGAUAUUUUUAACUUUUUUUUACUAAGUUCUGAUCCCGUUAUCACAAGUAAACAAAAACCGGUCAAAAACAAAGUUAAAAAUAUCCCUCAAGAAGCACUGUUCAUGUUAAAAGCUCCAUCUCCAAAUAAAUCAGUUGAUAAAGGUGCUGAUUAUGAUUAUGAUGAUGAUGACGAUGAUGACGAUGACGAUGACGGUGCCUUAACAUAUCUUUAAUAAUAACCCAAUAUUGUUCAUAACUACGAAUUUUGGAGGAUUUAAAUUUAUUUAGUUUAUUGAAAUAAUAAUAUGAUGUACCUUUUUAAAUAAAUAAAAAAUAUUAUCACCAAAAUUGAGUUAAUUUGAGUUUAUUUCUAGAAGAAGACACGUCUUUGAUAACAUCCGAUCCAUUUUAGAAGGUCUAACUGGUUUAGUUGAUUUGAUGGUACGAAUGAGGGUCUAUUGCCCCACCGUGCGACGCU